CACCGCCUGAGAGUGUUGUGAAUGGGCGUGGCCGAGUUCGUGUGCCCUGAUUACGACGAGCAUUCUUGCGAGCUUUUGCCGUUGACACAAAGUGAGAUAAUCUGAGCCGUAUUUACUUCGUUUUUAACGAAACAUCAGCUAUCGAUCUAAUUCGUGAUGUUUUACACCUGUGGUCCCAAUGAGGCGAUGGUGGUCUCAGGAUGUGGCCGCUCUCCUCCUCUAUUGAUUGCUGGUGGAAGAGUGUUUGUUUUUCCCUGCGUUCAGCAAAUCCAGCGGAUCUCUCUCAAUACUCUGACUCUGAAUGUGAAGAGUGACAAGGUCUACACCAGACAUGGAGUACCGAUCUCAGUGACAGGCAUUGCCCAGGUGAAGAUCCAGGGUCAGAAUAAAGAAAUGCUGGCCGCAGCCUGUCAGAUGUUCAUGGGGAAGUCCGAGGGUGAGAUUGCUAAUAUUGCCCUAGAGACCCUUGAGGGACAUCAGAGAGCCAUCAUCGCCCACCUGACUGUGGAGGAGAUCUAUCAGGACCGUAAAAAGUUCUCUGAUCAGGUCUUUAAGGUGGCUUCCUCUGACCUGGUCAACAUGGGGAUCGGUGUGGUCAGCUACACGCUCAAAGAUGUGCACGAUGAUCAGAAUUAUCUAAGCUCGCUGGGUAAAGCUCGAACUGCUCAGGUGCAAAGAGACGCUCGUAUCGGUGAAGCUCAGUUCAAGAGGGAUGCCGUCAUCAAGGAGGCUCAUGCCAUGCAGGAGAAGAUCUCUGCUCAGUAUAAGAAUGAGAUUGAGAUGGCUAAAGCCCAGAGAGACUAUGAGCUGAAGAAAGCCGCCUAUGAUAUUGAGGUCAACACCAAGAAGGCGGAGUCUGAAAUGGCCUAUCAGCUUCAGGUGGCCAAGACAAAGCAGUGUAUCGAGGAGGAGAAGAUGCAGGUCCAGGUUGUGGAGCGUACGCAGCAGAUCACUCUACAGGAGCAGGAGAUCACCCGCAGGGAAAAGGAACUGGAGGCCAAAGUCUGGAAACCAGCCGAGGCCGAGAGAUACCGCAUCGAGAAGAUCGCCGAGGCAGAAAAGCAGAAGCUGAUAAUGGAGGCCGAAGCUGAGGCAGAGGCCAUCAGAAUGAGGGGAGAAGCGGAGGCCUUUGCGAUGGAGGCAAAGGGUCGGGCUGAAGCCGAGCAGAUGGCCAAAAAAGCAGAGGCUUUUAAGCAGUACAAAGAGGGAGCCAUGGUGGACAUGCUGCUGGAGAAACUCCCACUGAUAGCAGAAGAGAUCAGCAAGCCACUCUGUUCAGCCCAGAAGGUGACCAUGGUGUCCAGCGGUGGGUCAGAAGUGGGCGCAGCUAAACUGACAGGAGAAGUUCUGGACAUCAUGAGCCGCCUGCCGAGCGCAGUGGAGAAACUGACUGGAGUCAACAUCUCACAGGCUCUUGCAUCCCGCAUGGGCUAAUGGAGUUCAUGAAGAAGGAAUCCGCUCUGAUCGUGGAUCUCAGCUCUUCCUGUCUUUGUGCAUGCUCGUGUUUGUACUGAGCCUGGAACAUUGAGGUCCUUUUUGUUUUUGUAAUCCACCAUUUGUAAUAUUCAGUUUUAAUAUGCUUUGUGAAUUAUUGCAUCACAUUAUAUGAUACAUUUGUAAGUUAGGUGAACUACAUUAUCUGCUCUAGAGCCUCUGUUGAAGGUGAAUAUUCAGGGAAGCAGGGCUGCUCUUUCUUUCUUUCUUUCUUUCUUUAUUGAAUAGUUUCUGUAUUUCUCUCUGUCAGAGCCACACGCCUGUUGAGUCUGGUUCAGUUUCUUUCAAAACAAAUUGCAUUCAAGUCAAAUCCGUGUAAAUUCACCUGAGGUGCCUUGCUGAAGCCAUAGUCCACAUGCAUGAUGCCUUACCUCUGCAGACACUGAAAUGUGAUGAUUAUUCUUGCCAUUUUAAGGUUUUAUCAUUUAAUGGUCUGUUAAGAGUGGCACUAGAGUUUGCAGACACAUAUUGAAUAUUUUUUGUUACUGUCUGUGUGCUCAGUAGAGUGAUUUAUACAGCAAGUUGAAAAGUAUGAGUAGUUGGAAAGUGGGUCAAGAAAAGAAACCCUUUGAUUUUUUGAAGCUGAUGAACAAACAGGAAAAAAGAAGAAGAGGAAACUGGUUUUCAACAAAGGCUGUAAACAUGUCUCUGUGGCCACACAAACUCCAGUGAAGGCUGUUAGUGGUUUCAUUUCUCAUAUCGGCUUACUGUUUUAGUUUAACCAUGCUGCUGUGUACUUCACACUAAAAUCAACUUAACAUUACCAAAAGUAAACCUAUGCAUCUCCAGUUUGUGCCUCAAAGCUUUUUUUUUUUUUUUGACUUCCUCAUUAAAUCAACCUGCCCUGAUUUUGUUUCAGCAACAGGUACUGUGAUCUGUCAUGUAAAACUUCCUGGCCUUAAUGACUAUGUUCAUUCAGAAUAUCCAAUUUGUUUGUCAGUUUUUCCAUUACUGUUUGUUCAGUGGUGAUGUAAACUGAAGAUUUACAUAACCAGGCUGAGAUUUAUACAUAUUAACUAUGUACUGUUUAUUAUAAACAACAAUAAACUAUUAGUGUGCGCUGUACUUUAUAA